AUGUUCGCUAACAAGUCGUGCGUGAGGGUGGCUGUGACGGGGGGCGCCGGUCAGGUUGCUUACGCGUUGCUUCCCCUCAUUGCCUGCGGCCGCAUGUUGGGGCCCAAGCAGCACAUCCAGCUGAACCUGCUGGAUGUGGAGCCCACCAUGAAUGUUCUUGAGGGGAUCCGUGUGGAGCUCACUGACUGCCUCUUUCCGCUGUUGGACCGCGUUGUCAUCACGUCGGACCCGAAGGUGGCCUUUGAGAAGGCUGAUGUCGUCAUUUUAUGCGGUUCCGUCCCGCUGAAGCCCGGGAUGGUGCGGAGGGACCUCCUUCGAGGCAACAUGGGCCUCAUCGAGGAGCAGGGCCGCGUCUUGGGUGAGGUGGCCGAUCCCGACUGCCACGUGUGCAUUGUGACCAAUCCCGUCAACACAAUUGCUUGUGUUCUGUUGGAUGCCUCGAAUGGGAAGCUAAAACCGAAGAACGUGACGUCGCUUACACGGACGGAUCACAACCGUGCGACGGCGCUGGUGGCGGAGCGAGCCCACGCCUUGGCUGAAGAUGUGAAGAACUGCAUCAUUUGGGGAAACCACAGCAGCACACAAGUUCCGGACAUCAACAGCGCCACCGUGAAGGGCGUUCCUGUGCGUGAGGUUAUAAAAGAUGACGCAUUCCUUGACGGAGAAUUUAUGGAAAUUGUGCGAGAUCGCGGAUAUAAAGUUGUCAGGCUGCGGGGUCGUUCGUCAGGUCUGGGGGUUGCGAGUGCCACAAUUGAUCACGUGCAUGACUGGAUACUUGGCACUCCUGAGGGGAAACAUGUGUCCAUGGUUGUGCGUUCCGAUGGAAAUCCCUACGGUGUGCCGCCUGGCCUCUUCUUUUCCUUCCCUGUGAAGUGCAGCAGAGGCGAGUGGCAGUUUGUCGACAAUGCCAAAAUCACGCCCAAGGUGGCGGAGCUCCUCGCUGUCACCACCAAGGAGUUGGAGGAGGAGCGCGCGGAGGCGGAGAGUAUGAGAUCGGGGGCAGUCUGA